AUGUUGCUUGGUUUCAUUAUUUUCAAUUCAAUUUUGAUCCUCUCUGCUCAACCCUAUUUUGACGAUGUGUUUUUCGAUCUUCAAAAUCCAAAUAAUUUCAAUCCGUACACGUUCGGUGCUCCUCCACCAAUUUUUAACGUCGAUCGGCAUACACAGUAUGGAUAUGUACGAGGUACAAGCUACAAUGUAGCGUCACAAGAUUCAUUCUAUCCAAAGUUUGUCAGCGUCUUUCUCGGAAUACCUUACGCUCGACCACCACUCGGACUUUAUCGAUUCAAACCACCAUUACCACCGGAUCCGUGGGAUACACGAUUUCUAAUCCAUGAUGCAACAUUUUAUCGGCCAUCAUGUUUACAACCAGCAAGUGAACAGGAAAAAAUUCGCCAAUUCAUUCCGAACUUUCCUCCAUCGAAUUUUAGCGAAGACUGCCUGUAUCUUAAUAUCUUUGCACCCAAUAGAACUGAUCGAUAUAUGCCAAAAUUACCUGUUAUUGUAUUUAUACAUGGGGGUGAUUUCAUCGGUGGAAGUUCGCAAAUUUACAAUGGUUUUGUUCUAGCGCAACGAAAUGUCGUUGUCGUUACCUUUAACUAUCGUCUCGGCCCAUUAGGCUUCUUAAGUACGAAAACACUGAAUGGCCGAGGAAAUUAUGGUCUUUUCGAUCAACGCAUGGCAUUGAAAUUCGUCUAUGACAAUAUCCGAGAAUUCAAUGGUGAUCCGGAAAAUAUAACAGUUAUUGGUCAUGAGGCUGGCGCAGCCAGUGUCGGUUUACACUUAUUAUCACAAAAAACUCCACUUCAUUUUCGGCGUGCUGUAAUGAUGAGUGGAAGUGAUUUAUGUAAAUGGUCAACUAUUGAAGAUGAACAUUAUCCGCUCGAACAGGCUCGAUUUUUAGCAAGGCGUUUAACAUGUAACGAUCGAAAUAUUGAUGCUUUACUCGAUUGUUUAAGACAACGUGAUGGACUUGAUAUUACCAAUUCGGCUACGAAUGUCUGGUUUCCAGAUGAAUUCGGUGGUCACCCGUGGCGACCGACAAUUGACACAUUCACAGAUGAUUUUUUUCCGCCAGUAUUCACACGUCGACCUAUCGAACUUCGUCGACUUGGUUUAUUUGCUAAUAUAUCAGUGAUAUUGGGUACUACGAGCGACGAUGGUGCUAUUCAUUUUGCUCAACAACCGAUCAAUCUAGCUGGAAUCGACAAAGGUUUCACGCGUUACGAUCAACAUGCAUACUUAAACAUGUUUGUAAAUCGUCGCGUCCAAGACCGCUAUAGUUUUCAAAGGCAAACAUUCGCAUAUGAAUAUGCGGAAACAGAUUAUGUUUUACCUCGUGGUGGUGACAUGUAUCUUGAUGAAGAAGGAAUAGCAACAGUAAUCAAAUAUAAAUAUGCACAUUGGCCUCAACCAGAUAAUAUGACUAUGCUCCGGCAACGUUUAAUCGACCUUCAUUCCGAUGAACAUACGACGUCAUGUGUGGCCGAUGCAGCGAGAUUUCAUGCUCAACGUUCAUUUAAUUCUACGUAUAUGUAUGUCUUUGCAUAUCAUUCCUUAACGAGUGUUUACCCGUUUUGGAUGGGUGCACCACGUGGUAGUGAACUUGAUUAUCUCUUUGGCAUGCCAUUCGUGAAUGAAUCUCAAUGGAUGCCAUGGCACGGUAUUCAACGACGACAAGUAUUUACGUACGUUGACGAGGAAAUGUCCAAUUAUACCAUGCAACUAUUCGUUAAUUUCGCACGAUAUGGAGAGCCAACACCAGGUGGAUUUCUUCGUGAAUACACGCCUCCAUCAUUGGAACGUCCGUCUGGUUUGAUACGUCCUCUAUCUGGUUUCGCCCUACGAUUAAAUAUUGCAUGGCUACCACAAUUAGUGCAGAAUAUGACUUAUUUAUUUAUUGACCGUUAUCCAUGUUUACUAACAAAUUAUGGAUUCGAUGCAGCUGGCUUUUGGUCUGAAUAUUGGCCAACUGCAUUCCAACGUCGAUUGACACCUAUUCCCACAAAAUAUUAUAAACAUGCAAUUAUGAACCAUCGCGACACGACCAUUGUUAUGUUUUUCCUCAUGGGUGGUCUGAUACUAUCUGUUAUUGUAUUAAUCGCUCUCUGCUGUAUUCUUUUUAUACGUGUGCGUAACGAUACGCCUGAACAUCGUCAUCAUCGUCAUGAAAAUAAGUUUACUCAUAUCGAAAAACAGAUGAAGUUCAACAAUAUCGAAUAG